AUGAUAAAACAGCCAUUAGAAAUAUUAGAAAAAUUCAAAUUGGUCAAUGGCACAAUAAUUAGUAAAUAUUCAAUUGAACAAUCAAUUGAUACUGCAAUAUGUUCACCAAAACCAAUAAUUAAAUACAUGAAGUCACAAAACAUAAAGAUUUCACACUCGUCAAAAAUAUGUGAUUCUUUUAUGCUUUCUUCGGGAUUAGAAAUUGAUGAAAAUUCAGUCGAAGAUUUAAAGAAAUUUUUCAUGCUCUUCAAUAUGAAUUACAGAAAAUAUUCAGAAAAUCCAAUUUUAAAUGAUCUAGAAACGUAUGAUGUCUAUUGUGAAAUUACGAGUGAGCAAGCUUCGAUUGAAUAUAGUAUUCAAAGUAUUAAAAUAACUACUGAAUUAAAGGACGAUAUUGAAGAAGCUUUGGAGUCGAAUACACCAAUUGAGGAUUUAAAAAAUGUUUUUGAUAAAUUCGGACACAUAUUUACCACUAAGAUAAUAAUUGGUGAUAAAUUGCAAAGAAUAGUACGUUUUAAUAGAGAAAAGAAUAAGAAUGAAAAUGAAAGUCCAAUCUAUUUAUCAGAAUUCAAUGUAACAGAUAAUGAUUUAUUAGAGAAUGAAAUUUUAAACCGUUGGAAAGAGGAAAUUCACCCGCAUGACCCUUUGUAUUUAUGGAUGUCAAAUGGUGAUCCAAUUGAAAUCAGUCAAAUUCCAAAAUGGCUUGACACUAUUCCAUUAUUCGAAACAGAAUGGCAUAUAAUCAAGCGCAUCGUUAUCCCAAUGUAUAAAAUUCUUGAUAUCAAUCAACAGAAAAAAAUUGAAAGGCUUUUCAGUAAACAAGAUCAUAUUCUAAUGACUGGUACAACUACAAUUUUAGCCAUUAACACUGAAACUGGUUAUCAACGGAUAACAUUUGAUAACGGUUUAAAGAGCAGCAAUUAUCAAAUUUUUGGAAAAGUUGUGGAUGUUAAUGGCCAAAUAAUCCCAAAUUUUUAUGUGAAAUUUUGUUUAAAAUCAGAAUAUGGGUUUUCCAUAGAUUGGAUUCGGACAAACUCUAAGAGCUUACAAACAUCAUAUGAGCUUAAAUGGCUGUUAAUUGGGUGUCCAAGUGAAAUCGGCUAUUUUGACUCCACAACUCGUGAUAAAGAAAUUAAAACUGGGUCUACAGAAUUGAAGAUCACAUCAAAGAAGAAAGCAGCUCUGGAAAAUGAAGAGAUAACACAACAGUGGUCUUGCCGAAUAAAUGUUGAUAAGUCUCUUUCUCCAACUUCAGUUGUUUCAUUCAACGUCGAAUAUCCCACCACACGAAAAACACCAACUUUUACAGCAAGUUAUCAAAUAUCACAAGGAUCAAUUAUCGAGGUGAAAGUUGAGCCAAUCAAAGAUGAGUAUGUUGAAUGUUUGAAUGAAAAUGACGAGAUCACAGUUACAAUUCAAUGUGAUUUUAUUAUGGACAGAGAUAUCGUAAAUACCGGGAAGACUGUACUUUCGAUUAUUUAUAAAGUCAAGGGACAAAAAUUUGAUUAUGUAUUUGUAAAUCGAGUUGUCAAGAUCGUUCGCGUUACAUUAAAGGAUUAA